UUCUACAAUUAUUUUCUUCAUAAUUAUGAUCACAGACUUAAAGAAAUUGCUGCAUGCUAUAGACUAGAUUCAAUAGUAACCACCAAUAACCAUUUAGAAUCAUUCCAUAAAGAUUUUAAAUAUAACUAUCUUAAUGGUAAAUGUAACAAAAGUUUGGACCACUGCUUGUACAAGCUAAUGGAAUACAUCCAAGAUAAAGGGCAUCAAAGAAUUAUUAAAUUAGAAAGAGGGAAAAUUUCUCAUCAAAUACAAAAAUUAAUAUUGCGACAUAGCGCAGUUUAACAGUAGAUCUUGAGUCUGUUCUCCAAGAAUCGGAUAGUAGAAAGAGAAAACAGCUCGGAUAAAUGCAAAAUAAGAUGCACUGAAUGUUCAGUCUGCAUUCACGAAAUAAAAUGCUCUUGUAUAGAUAGUGUGCAAAAUAAUACUAUUUGCAAACAUUCACACCUCGUUUGCAGAAAAUACCUCACAAAAGGAAAGAAAACAGCUACUUCAAAUACUAAUCCAACUGUUAUUAAUGACUUGCACACCAUGCUGCAAACGACUAAUCACAGACAACAGAAACCUCACAAUCUAUUAACAGAUACCGAAGAAUUACUUAACGAAAUUAAAGAAAACGUCAAAAAAUUGGAUCCAGUGAAGAACAAAGAAACACAUUUAGAAGUAAAUUCAAUGCUGCAAAGAAUUAUAAAUUAUAUGAAAAUUGAUUCGGAACAAAAUAAAUUACCGCCCUCCACCAGUAAUGGCAAUAAAAACAUAGAAACCCAGAAUUCCUUUUUUUUCAACUAAGAAAAAACAAGAGAGACUAUCAGUUAGGGUUGCCAAACCUUCUUUUGAAGAGCAGAAUUCGAUUAAAUCGACUUUCAUUUCUCAGAUUACAGUUCCUCAAACAGACCAUGAAGGUUACUAUUCUAAGGAAAUUUCUAAAGAAAAUAGAAACCAAAUCCCAGCAAAAAA